AUGACUGACCUUGGUUCUGGUGUGACACCUGAGUUGUGUCACCCUUCAGUUAAAAGUGGACAUGUUCUGUCUCGACGCAAAACGAUUACCGUUUGUAUUUUGAUCCUCAUCAAUGUCUUGAAUUAUAUGGACAGAUUUACUAUUGCAGGUGUUCCGGAGAGUGUUAAAACGUACUACAACAUCAGUGACUCAGAAUUGGGCCAGUUACAAACUGUAUUUUUUGUGUUUUACACAAUUCUCAGUCCAGUGGCCGGUUAUCUCGGUGAUCGUUGGAUAAGAAAGCGUAUAAUGCAGAUUGGGCUUUCUCUUUGGAUAGUUGUUACAUUGGGAAGUUCUUUCAUCCCUGCUCAUCACUUUGGUCUGUUUUUGGCCACACGUUGCUUUGUCGGAAUUGGCGAGGCUAGCUACUCCACCCUAGCUCCAACUAUUCUUGCAGACUUAUUUGUGGGAAAUGCGAGAACCAAAGUCUUGGGUCUCUUCUACUUUGCUGCACCUGUUGGGAGUGGAUUAGGCUUCAUUGUUGGUUCAGAAGUAACCCGAUUGACAGGAUCUUGGCAAUGGUCGUUACGAAUUACACCAAUGUUUGGGAUCAUUUGCAUCAUUCUAUUGAGUAUUUUACACUCAGAUCCACCCCGUGGUGAAGCUGAAGGAGGUUCACAUAUGCGUACUACUUCUUGGUGGCUAGACAUCAAGUUACUGUUCCUUAACCCAGCCUUUAUGUUUAUAAGUAGUGGGUAUACGUGUGUUUGUUUUAUUUUGGGUUCACUUUCGUGGUUCGCAAUUGACUUGAUUCAGUCAGCUUUAAAUGCUAAAAAUGACAAUCCAUCAGCUUGGAAGAGCUAUAACAUUCCUAUCGUAAUUGGAGCCUCAACAUGCUUUGCGGGGAUUUCCGGUGUCUUGUCUGGUGCACAAUUAGGUCAUUAUUUUCGCCGAUGGAUUCCUGCAGCAGAUGCUUACGUGUGUUCUGCCAGUCUUUUUUUAUGUUCCCCUUUUCUAUUCUUCGCUUUGGUGUCUCCAUCCUGGAACUUUUAUGCAUGCGUUGUCCUCGUUUUCAUUGUAGAAUUUCUUUUAUGCAUCACAUGGGCACUUGUGACUGAUAUGACUAUGAGUGUGGUCGUACCAACUCGUCGUUCUACAGCUUCUGCUCUUCAGAUGAUAAUGAGCCAUUCACUAGGCGAUGCUAUCAGCCCAGCUAUAAUUGGUCGAAUUGCAGUAGCUAUUACCGAUGUACAUUCCUUAGAAACACAAUAUUUGGGUUUGCAACGUGCAUUGUUUCUGAAUACAUUUGUUUGUGCUAUCGGUGGUUUCCUGUUUCUUAUCGUCACUUUAUAUUUGGUCAAAGGAAAAAAUGAUGUUCAGAAAGCUAUUCAAGCCUCUCAAAAUGAUACAGUCGAUAUAAUUCGUGGACAAGAGAUUGAAGUUCCUGCAACACCAACAUCUGUUUCUGUCGAAUUUUUCACCUGA